AAGGCGCAGGAAGCUACUUCCGCCGUGUUAGCUAGCUACUCUAUUUUUCUUCCUGUUCAUUUCGAACCGAAGUUUUUUUUUUUUACCGGAUUUAAAGAACAAAAUAGUUCAACCGGACGUGAUUACGCAGGAAAUGGGUCUAAAUGAUGAAAGUGUUGUAAUAGAACCUGUCGUUUUUAGUUGAAUCUGACGUCUGCAGACUUUCAAACUGAAACAAGCAGCGACGAGUGAAACAUCGAAAUGAGACCGGAAGUCUUUUUUAUCACCGUUUUUACCGUUUUAACGGAACCGGCCGUUUCUCCGGUUGCUGAUAAAGAAGAGAAACAUUAUACGGCGUCUCUCAGGUCGAUGCUGGACGCCUUCGACGUGCUGCCGCGCUCCGACCUGCGAACUCACUCCGUCCGCCGCCGCGACCUCCACGCCCACCACCUGGAGAAGCUGCUCAGCUUCAGCGCCCUGCAGAGGCACUUCAGACUCUACCUGAGGACCAACGACCAGCUGUUCACAGAGGACUUCAGGGCCGUGAUGGUGGAGGACGGACAAGAGAGAAACGUCACGGUCAACAGACACAAAUACUUCACGGGACACGUCGUCGGGGAGGUAAACUCUAGAGUUCAGGCUCACAUCGACGACCACGAGUUCUCUGCUCACAUCCUCACUGACGAGGCCGAGUACAACGUUGAGCCUCUGUGGAGGUUCACCUCGGCCCCCCGCGAUGGUCGUUUGCUGGUCUACCGCUCAGAGGACAUCAGGAGCCUCGGCCGCCUGCAGCGGCCCUCGGUCUGCGGCUACGUGACCUCCGACCCCCGCCACCGACCCCCCGACGGCGCUGAGGUCACCUCGCCGGAGGACGAGGAAGAAGAAGCCACAGCGUCCCGAGGGAAGCGCCAGCUGCCCGACCCCCAGAAGGACACCUGUCCUCUGCUGCUGGUGGCCGACCACCGCUUCUUCCAGCACAUGGGCCGCGGGGAGGAGAGCACCACCCUCAACUACCUGAUCGAGCUGAUCGACCGCGUGGACGACAUCUACAGGAACACCUCGUGGGACGAGGGCCUCUCCGGCUACGGCGUUCAGAUCCAGCAGAUCAUCAUCGAGAAGAACCCGACUCCCGUCGGCCCGGGAGGAAGCCACUUCAACAUGGGGGGGAGCCCGGUGGAGGGGCGAGGGGUCUGGGACGUGAAGAAGCUGCUGGAGCAGUUCAGCGUGGACAUUGCGGAGAAAGCGUCUAACGUCUGCCUGGCUCACCUCUUCACCUACCAGGACUUUGACGGGGGCACUCUGGGUCUGGCCUACGUGGCCCCCUCCAAACCCGACAUCCCCGGAGGCCUCUGCUCCAAAGCCUGUCCUUCAGCUAACGGGCAGAGAGACAUCUACCUGAACACGGGCCUGACCAGCACCAAGAACUACGGCAAGACCAUCCUCACCAAGGAGGCGGACCUGGUGACGACUCACGAGCUCGGCCACAACUUUGGGGCGGAGCACGACCCCGAGGACCUCCCCUACUGCGCCCCCAGCGAGGACCAGGGGGGGAAGUACGUCAUGUACCCCAUCGCCGUGAGCGGGGACCACGUCCACAACAAGAUGUUCUCUAACUGCAGCAAGCGCUCCAUCGUGAAGCGGCUGAGGGCCAAGGCCCCGUCCUGCUUCAGGCGGAGGAACACCAACGUGUGCGGCAACUCUCGGGUGGAGCAGGGCGAGGAGUGCGACCCGGGGAUGUUGCACAUCCACCUGGACCGCUGCUGCACCGCCGACUGCCGGCUGGCCGCCGGAGCUCAGUGCAGCGACAGGAACAGCGCGUGCUGCAGAAACUGCGCGUUCGAUGCGGAAGGGGCGGUCUGUCAGGAGCCCAUCGACGCCACCUGCAAAGGACACUCGUACUGCACAGGAAACAGCAGCGAGUGUCCUCCCCCGGAGGACGCCGCCGAUGAGACGGCGUGUCUGGACAGCGGCGAGUGUCUGAAGGGCGAGUGCGUUCCCUUCUGCACGGCGGCGCUGCAGCUGCAGCCCUGCGCCUGCAACCAAACCAACUCGUCCUGCGCCGUCUGCUGCCGCGACGCCGCCGGCGUGUGCGCUCCGUACCGCGACGCAGGCGGUCACUUCCUGUUCCUGCGUAAGGGGAAGCCCUGCACCGUGGGCUUCUGUGACGGAGCGGGGAAGUGCAUGAAGGAGGUCCAGGACGUGGUGGAGCGUCUGUGGGACUUCAUCGAGAAGCUGGACAUCGACACGCUGGGGACGUUCCUGGUGGACAACAUGGUGGCCUCCGUGGUGACCUUCUCUCUGCUGCUGUGGGUCCCCCUCAGCGUCCUGGUGCACUGCGUGGACAAGAAGCUGGAUGAAGAAUAUGAGCAGAACACCAAGUUCUUCCCUAGUAAUGCCGAGCUCUGGAGCAGCCUGGAGUCGGCAUCGGUUCAGAUCUUCAAAGCUCGGACCUUCUCCCCCAGCACCUCCUCGCCCGGCCUGCGUUUCCAGCCCUGCAGCACCCAACACACCAGCCCCCCCCCGGGUCCCGGCCCCGCCCCUCCGGACGGCCCCCGCAUGGCCACCAUCCAGGAGGACCCCGGCUUGGACCAGGAGGCUCUGGAGGCGGCGUUCGGGCGCCCGGCGGCGGGGGCGACGCGGCGCUCCUUCGAGGACCUGACAGGUCCCCAAAGUGUGAUGAGACGAAGCGGGACGACGUCCACGGUCAGACUGCAGAGACAUCACAUGGACACCAAGGAGACGCAGUGCUGAGAGGACUCACCUGGAGACGCCUCCUUUCAGUACAAAUCGGUUUAAUGCACAGCGUAAUAAGGGCAUCAAAUUGUAAAUAAGUAAAUGAGGAGUUUUCAAUAUCUAAUAUUUUAAACCAAACUUUCAUGUUUCUCUGGGAGAACUCAGGCUUUUAUUUUGAAAACACUAAUUUGUGUCAUUAUAUUUCUGCAUUAAUAAGCCAUACUGUUGUUACAACAUUCAGAUUCUCUUCUUCUGUGGUAUUAUAGACUUUCGCACCACGUUUGUUGAGUAUUAACAGAUUUAAAGUCUUGUUUUUCGUUUGUCUCGUCACUGACGGUCAUGUGACCAAACUGACAAAAUAAAUCCACUGAAUUCUU